UGUCAAAUUGCCAGUUGUUUAAUAAACAUCUACUUUGGAUUGCCUAUUCUCGACAGAACGUAAAAAUUCCGAAUCAAAUUCAAAACAAUUUCCAUCGUUAUUUAAAUGAGCGCCAACUCGAUCGCAGCGAUUCCGGAAACAGUUCAGGUGGCAGUGCGAAUAAGGCCCCUGCUGCAGUCGGAGACUCGAAUGGGAUGCCAAAGCGUUACCGAGCAGCUCAAUCCGAGCGAGCCGCAGAUACGCGUUCGUGGCAGCGAUCAGUUCACGUUCAACCACGUGUUCGACCCCAUCUGCAGCCAGCGGGAGAUCUACGAGAAAAGUGUCAAAUCGAUUGUGGAGAAGCUGCUGGAAGGUUUUAAUGUUACCAUUCUGGCGUACGGACAAACCGGAUCCGGCAAGACUUACACGAUGGGAACAUCGUUCGAUGGCAAAUAUGACGAUACCUUGGGGAUCAUCCCGAGGGCGAUGUUGGAUCUGUUCGAUCGGAUCGACGAAUAUGAGGAGUUUCGAUGUGUGGUGACGUGUUCGUUCGUGGAGUUGUAUCAAGAGAAUGUGUACGACUUGCUUUCGUAUCGGAAUAGGUUCGAAAAGAUGGUGGGAAUCAGAGAAGAUGCAACCGGUGUGAUAAUACCGGGACUGACGGAAGUUCCUGUGAACAAUGCUGAGGAAGCCCUACGGUGGUUAAUCCAAGGUGCCAGUGCCAGGGCGGUUGCUCCAACGUCGAUGAAUAAGGAAUCUAACCGAAGCCACACCAUGUUUACACUGACGGUGAGGAAGAUCAAACAUGAACAGAUAGUGACUAUAUCCAAGCUUCAUUUGGUGGAUCUGGCUGGGUCAGAACGGUCCAAAAAGACUCGAGCAGUUGGUGAUCGGCUUCGCGAGAGUAUCCACAUCAACAAGGGGCUUUUGGCUUUAGGAAAUGUGAUCGCUGCGCUUGGAUCCGUUAAGAACACCAAAGGGUACAUUUCGUAUAGAGAUUCCAAGCUAACCAGGUUGCUGCAGAACUCACUUGGGGGCAAUUCCAUUACGCUGAUGAUUGCAUGCGUGUCACCGGCAGACUACAACGUUGAUGAAACGCUGAGUACCCUUCGGUAUGCUGAUCGUGCACUUCGGAUUCGAAACAAACCUAUCGUCAACGCCGGAGAGCUAAGCAUUCGAGACGAAAUCGAGCGGCUUAAGCAGGAAAACCAGGAUCUUAGAAGAGCAUUGGAUCAAGCGCAAUCAACGCCAAUGAUUGUAUCCAAAAACGACCGUUCUAUCAAGAAACUUCAAGAGCAAGUACGAAUUUCAAACGCCAAGCUGCAAGAAGUGACGAAAAAGUCAAACCAGCUGGAAUUCCGGGCGUCACUAGCAGAAGAAACGUUGGAUCGAAUCAGCAGUUUGCUUCCACUGAAUGAUAAGGAUAAAUUUAUACAACGAAUCGAUGAGAUAAUGGGCCGUUUUCGAAAAGAAAAUUUGUCGUGGAGUCAAAAAUCGAACUAAAU